AUGCCUCCAAAAGUGAAUGAAUCUAUGCAAUACAGAGAGAACCGUUUGGAAACUUUUCAAGAUGGCUCUUUUCAAUAUAAGUCAAAACAAAAGCGAUACUGGACUCAUAGCACGCCCGAUAUUGUACAAUUGGUUGACUGUGGUUUCUAUUUCACUCCGACGAAAAUAAAUAACGACCAAAUAACGUGUGUCUGUUGCAGGAAGAAAGAAACUAACGUAGAAGGAAUAACAAAUAUCGCUGAUUAUCAUUUAACUAAUAAUCCCCUGUGUCCGUUGGCAUUAAUUAUAUCAUCGCAGAUUAACCAUUUGUCGAAUAAUACGGAAAGCUUUUGGUCACAUCAACCUUCAAAAUUCAGUGAUCCUUUAAGCAAAGAGUCAAUCGAUCUAAGAAAGAGAACAUUCGGUAAAUAUUGGAAAUAUGAUAAAACUAAGGGAUCUACAACAACUAGCACAACAUUGGCGAAAGCCGGGUUUUAUUACUGUCCACUAAGAUAUGGAAAUGAUAGAGUGCAAUGCGUUUAUUGCAAUUGCUCAUUAGAUACAUGGUUAUCGGAUGAUGAUCCAAUAGAAGAACAUAAAAAUAAUUCUAAUGGACCUUGUUAUUUCUUGGAAAAAGUCGACCAACCCAGACCUAGAUCAAGGUCUAAUUCUAGAUCAAUACUGGAGUCCGAAAAUAAAGAAAUUGAUGAAAAGAAAAUAGAGAACUUAAAUAUAAACAAAGCCCAUAGGACUACGUCUAUAGAAUCCAAUAUUAAGGACUUAACUAUUGUGUCCGGUGACGAUUCAACGUCGGAUGAUUUUGAAGAAACCAGCGAAAGUACUAUACUGUCCAAAAAGACAGUACCUAAAGAUUCACCGAAGAAAAUAAAUAGGAAAUCUUCUUCCAAUGAUACCAAAUAUAAAGUUCUUUCUCAGGACAAAAAUGCGAUAUUAGAAGGCGAGUAUGAAUAUCCCACUAGCGAUAAUCGAGAUGACGAUGUUUCAGUUAAUGAAUUGGCUGAUAUAAAUAGUGGUCGUAUGACAAGAUCUCAACGUAGGAAUCUUGCUCGCGAAUAUGACACCAAGCAAGACUUUUGGGAGCCUAGAGAUACAGAAGAGAAAGAACUUGGUAAGGAUAAUGACAAUGAAGUUAGUGUUGGAUACGAUAAGAAUUACGAGAGAAAAAGUAGUAAAGAGCAGAACUACCGCAAAUUUAGGCAUGCAGACAAAGAAGAAGAAGAAGAAGAAGAAGAGAAAUCAAGUAGUGAUAAUAAUGAUAAUAGCAUUAAUACAAAGUACAGUCAUGAACACGAGAUAACAAACCAUAAUGAAGGCACUAACUUACAUAAUGUUGACGAAAUUGAAGAAGGUACAUUACCUUUCACAGACAAUGAUAUUAAAACAGAAAUCCCAAUGAAAGACUAUUUAAAUAAAGAGAGAGAAUUUCCUAGAUCUGAUCCUGCUAAGACAUCCAUGGUAAGUCAGGGAGCUUCAGAGAGAGAAAAAGAUAAUAAAUCUCCUCAGAACCUUGUAAAAACUAAAAAGGGGAGCGUGUCAAUAGAAUACACUGAUGAUGACAAUGACGAUGAUGAUAUAAAAGAUAUUGAUCAACUAGGUUCUGAUGAUUUAAAUGAAUUUGAUGAUAUUUCAUAUCAUCAGAGUGAAUCAGAUUCUUCUAAUAGUUCAGCACGUUCAAGUAGAAGCUACCAAACAGAAACCAAACGCAAGAAGAAUUAUAGAGAUGAAUCCCGAAAAGAGGAUUUAGUAAAUGAAUCUAUCAGCAGUCGUACUAGAAAUGUAAAUAAACCUUACCGAGUCCGCAAACAGAAUAUUGAAGUGAAAAAUUUGGUUCAUCUUAAUAGUGAUACAUCUUUUGAUAGUAUUGAUGUAGAUGACAGUUCGAAGUUAAAUUUCAGUUUUCAAACGGAAAAUAGCGAUGAUAUAGAUUAUCAUGUAUCAGAUGAUAAAGAUGCUGAAAUAUCGAACGAAAUACAACAACGCGCAAGUGCUGAUAAAAAUGCUGAAAAGUUGAAGAAGCGGAGUCGUAAAGAAAUGAUAGAUAAUGUAUCCUUCGAUGAUGAGAGAUUUAAGCAGGUUCUUGAAUCACCUAAAAAAGCUAAAAAAUUAAAGAUUACAGAUAAGAGAUAUUCUCCAUCACCUCCAAUAUAUGAUUUGUCAAACCAAAACAUAGGUGAUUAUCAAGAAGAUAAUAUACAUUUUCUUGAGAAUGAUAUCAGACCGUCCAUUAGAAACGGUUCGAUAAAUAAACCUGGAUCCCACGCCCCGAUGAUAAAUGCCGAGAAAUCCAAUGAGAAAACUAUGAGUGCAUCAUCAAAGGUAAAUAAGAUGAGUUACGGCUCACCAGGAAACUCUAAUGGUAAAAGGUCAGUACAAUCUCGAAAGAAAAACAAAUCUAAAGGGCAAAAUGAAUCUAAGAAGACUCAAAAUAAUAUUCUAGAUAUGUCAUUUGAUGAUUCAUCGAAUGAUAUUUUUGAUAAUAAUUCAAAGCCAUUUACAUUUAAUAUUAGAAACCCUUUAUCUAAGCCUGCAAAGAUAGACAUUAAUGAGACUGAUAAGAGUGUAAGCGCUGGUUCGAUUUUAAAGCGUCAAAAACCUGAGACUAAUUUGACCAAAAGUAGGGAUGAUGUUGAGAAUUCUCAAAUUAAUGAUGUCUUACCAUCCGAUAUUCAGAAUGAAAUUGUAAAUAAUAAGUCAACAGAUUAUGAGAUAACAGAAGCGUCAAAUCCACAAAAUUUAUCUAAAGAAAUACAAAAUUCCUCAGAAGUUGAAAGUAUGGAAGAUGUUGCUCCACGGCAAUCGGAGGAUGUCAGCUCCGAAAAUGCAGUAAAAGACAUGGAGGAUGCUAGUUUAGACAAUGCAGAGGGAGAAGUGGAAAAUUCUGCUAUACGGGAAGGGGAUAGGAACAUGGAAAAUAGCAUGCCUCAUGAAAUCUCAGCAGAGAAUACUGAUGUCAAGAAUUCUCCUGUAAUGGAUUUAAAACUUGACCUGAAAAACGAACAUAGCUCACUCAAGGAUGAUAGUAUUAUCUUAUCAGACAACCCUAAUGACUCGACGGUUAUGUCAAAACCCAACCGGUUUUCAACCGAUGAUCAUAUUCUGAAAGAUGAUAUGGAAUCUGUAGUUGCGAAAGACCUGGAAGAAAGCGAAUUUCAGCAAGACACGGAUGGUGCAUAUAAAGGCACAUAUAAUAAAGAGGAAGAUUUGAUUGAAGAUAAUAGAGCUGGUAGUGGUGACCAUAAUGAAUUGUCAAAUGUGGAAGAAGCGCCUGUUUCACGGGAAAACGCCAUAGCAAGCUCAAUGGCUAAGUUACUGCAGCAGAGUAACCGCAAUGAACGAUUAGGGUCCCAAUCUGCUUAUGACGAAUAUAUUCAAGAUAUGAAUGAAAUAAAUAAUGACUUGAGAUCCUCCAAUGCAUUUUCAAGCCCAAGCAAAGUGUCUAAUAAAUCAGAACAUAUGGACAAUUCAGCAGUGACGUCCAUUUGGAAGGAAAUCUCGCAAGGUAAUAGUAUUACACAUAGCCCGAGCAAAGAGGAAGCACAUCUGCACUUUACGGAAAAGGAAUUAGAUCCAAAUUCAAAUAACAAUAAUGUGGAGACGGAUGGCAUCCCAAAGAACGAAGUGUCAAAGCCGUUUAACCCUAUUACACAUAGCCCGAGCAAAGAGGAAACACAUCUGCGCUUUACGGAAAAGGAAUUAGAUCCAAAUUCAAAUAACAAUAAUGUAGAGACGGAUGGCAUCCCAAAGAACGAAGUGUCAAAGCCGUUUAACCCUCGUGUAUCACAUAGUGCAAUCGAAAGAUUUUCUGGAAACUUCUCCAACCUUUUGGAAUCAAGCACUCCCGAGAAGAAGAAAGAGACAUUGGGCUCUGUAUCGGCGACCACGACGCCGCAGGCGCCCUUAGAAUGGGUACCUGUAUCAUUAUCGAAUCUUUUGGAUAAUCUACAAAAUAUGGAAGCUGCAUCGGAAUAUUUGAACAAAAGUCUAAACUCAAAAUAUGAUCUACAUGAUGACUAUGAUGGUGAACUAACAAAUUUGAUAUCAAGCAUGCCGGAGGAUGAGGAGAAUAUGACCAUACAAGAAUGGGUAAAGCAUAAUGCAACAAAUUGUCAUAAGCUAGCUAAGCAAACAUGUAAUGAGAUGAUUGAUGUCUACAAAGCUGAGUAUUUGAGGGCGAUAAAAACCCUCGAACAGAUGCCUACCAGCGAUUAA